AAUUCGCGAGCCUAUUCUCGAAUAACAAUGUCAGUAACCAAGUCGCCCACGAUCGCAGUCAUGCUGACUAUACUCUGUUUGGCGUUGAUAGCUUCCGCCUCGUGCUUAGAGCCUAGAAUAAUCGGAGGCACACCUACAACCAUCAGUAAGCAUCCGUAUCAGGUCUCUAUUUAUUAUGAUGGUAAACUCGCAUGCGGAGGCUCUAUAAUCAGCAGGCAGUGGAUUUUGACAGCGGCACAUUGUGUCUACGGCAGGAAACUGUCGCUCUUCAGACUGCGUGUUGCAAGCAGUUAUCACGAUAAAGAAGGCACUCUAAUCAUAGACAUUGCCUCGAUCAUUCAUCAUAAGAAGUAUCGGGAGGAUACUUACGAUUACGAUGUGGCUUUAAUUAAAUUAUUUACUCCUUUAAAGUUGGGCCCAAAUGUAAAACUGAUCCUUCUUGCGUUACCAGCGGGGAACAUUAAAGCUGGUAGCAAGGCAACUGUUACAGGAUGGGGAAAGACAUCGCCGAACGGCGCGAGUUCGAAAGUACUGCGAAGCUUGACAGUGCCAGUCAUUGACCAAGAGAAGUGUCGAAAGGUCUAUGCUCGUUAUCGGCCAGUGACCUCCAAUAUGCUCUGCGCUGGCGGUGACGGUGAAAAAGACACCUGUCAGGGAGAUUCCGGCGGUGCGCUCGUGUACAACGGUGUCCAAAUUGGGAUCGUGUCCUGGGGCACUCAGUGUGCGAGUGUUGGAUUUCCAGGAGUGUAUACGCGAGUAUCCGCCAUACGGCAGUGGAUUACCGAGCAGGCGAACGUGUAGCAGAAUUAAUUUUUCCCCUCUCGUCUGAACGUUUUUCGAGACAGGGGAGAGAGGCAGCGUACCGUUGAAAAAAUAUUUGCUUGUGUUUAACCGCAUCAAAACUAGACGGCAUUACGAAAAAAAAAUACUACCUGCGAAUUGUACAAUAAAGGGAGGCUAAAUAUAGAUGGGAGGCUUUGGCAAUAAUAUAAUGACGUAAUUCUGAAACAAAAACUGAAAUCUAUGGAAUUUCAAUAAAUUUUCAAUUGUUUUACGUUUCCCUUUCCGCGAAUAAAUGUAGACAUUAUUUUCGUGCGUUUAUUCACAUCAAAAUUUAAACUUAGAUAAACAAACCUUUCAGCCUCAAUUUUAAAGUCUAUUAGCUUAUUUUCAGACAGUAUGAUAUGAGUGAAUUUAUAUUCUGUGGAUAUGUAUUUUUUUCAGAUUUACAAUAAUAGUUACGUUUUUCUUAUUUUAUUAUUACUUUAUUAAUUUAUUUACUUUAUUUACGUUGAAGCGUACGCGGAGAUAAAAGGUUCAUUCUCAGAAUGUAUGCUGCAGCAAAUGUCGCUAAUUAUCAUAGAUAAUAAAAUGAAUUGUUAAUCUGAUUUCUGAUUUCUAUAAUAAUAAAUUGUUUUGUUGCAGCAGCGUGAUGUAUGUACCUGUUAGCAACAUAUUUAUUUCGCGUUAGCGGCAAAUCAAAUUUACUUUAGUAACAAAUUCGCAUUUCUAUGUGCAAAAUUCAACAAGAGUUUUUAACAAACCAGAUUUUGUAACAACAAAUGAUUGGUUAUUGCAAGAAAUAUUUGAUUGCUUUCACGACGAGUUUGAAUAUGUAAUAGAAGCUAUGAUGUGCUUGCGGCAACGAAGUUCUUUUUGUUAUGUGUAUCGAUAACGGAUAUCGAACUUAAAGUAUCGGACCACGAUUUCUAGAAAACAAAUAAACACCAAAUGUACAAACACCGA